GCAGCCUGGGCUGUGCUCGCCGCUCCGCUCACAGCGCCGAGGAAAAAUGCUGCUCUCCGUUCCGCCAAGGGCAGGACUCAACCCGUACAGCGGCUACAGCAGCAGGAACAGCAAAAAGGCCUAUGUGUCCUCCGGCCACCAGAUGGCGCCCCCCAGUCCAAACCACAACAGUAGCAGCAACAGCAGCAGCGGGGGAGGGGAACAGCUGAGUAAAACAAACCUGUAUAUCCGCGGCCUCCACCCGGGGACCAUGGACCAAGACCUGGUCAAACUCUGCCAGCCGUAUGGAAAGAUUGUGUCAACCAAGGCCAUCUUGGAUAAAACCACCAACAAAUGUAAAGGUUAUGGCUUUGUAGACUUUGACAGUCCAGCAGCAGCACAGAAAGCUGUUACAGCCCUGAAGUCCAGCGGGGUCCAGGCUCAGAUGGCCAAACAACAGGAACAGGAUCCCACCAACCUUUACAUAUCCAACCUGCCCGUGUCUAUGGAUGAGCAGGAGCUGGAGAGCAUGCUCAAGUCCUUUGGCCAGGUCAUCUCCACACGUAUCCUGAGAGACGCCAUCGGGACCAGUCGCGGCGUUGGAUUUGCCAGGAUGGAGUCUACGGAGAAGUGUGAGGCCAUAAUUCAGCAUUUCAAUGGGAAGUUCAUCAAGACUCCUCCAGGAGUGCCUGUGCCCUCAGAGCCCAUAUUAUGUAAGUUCGCCGACGGAGGUCAGAAGAAGAGGCAGAACCAGGGGAAGUACCUGCAGAACGGACGGCCCUGGGCUAGAGACGGAGACACGGGAGGAAUGGCGCUUGCGUAUGACCCUACAGCCUUACAAAAUGGAUUCUACUCCUCACCCUACAGUCUGGCUCCAAACCGAAUGAUCGCCCAGACUUCCCUCUCACCCUACAUGCAUUCUCCUGUUUCAUCCUACCAGGUGCACAGCCCAUCCUGGAUGCACCAUCAGUCAUACCUCAUGCAGCCAGCUGGUACAGUUCUUACCCCAACAAUGGAUCACGCUAUGUCCAUUCAACCCACGUCCAUGAUGGGACCUCUCGCCCAGCAGCUAAGCCACAUGUCCAUGGGCAGCACAGGCACAUAUAUUCCGACCAACACAACUAUGCAGGGGACCUACAUCCCGCAGUAUACCCCAGUGCCUCCCUCCAGUGUCCAAGUAGAGGAGAAUGGCGUUCAACAGCAACAGGUUGCCAUGGAGAAUCCCGUGGAACACACAAACUACUCAUACCAACACAACAAGUGAAGCUAAGCAGGGUGGGGCCGAGGGCACAACAUGAAUCCAACCAAACAGGAUUCAGCUGGAAGAGAUCUGUGCUCCAAACCAUCACCAAGAACCUGGACUUGAACAUGGAUGACAAAAGGAACAUGUUUGUGCGUGUUUGCUAUGAGUGUGUGUGUUUGUGUGGUGUGUGUGUGUGCUAUGAGUGUGUGUGGUGUGUGUGUGUGUGUCUGUAUUUUUUUUUUUUUUAAACACAACACUUACUUCAUUGGAGUUUUCUGCUCACGUCCUCAAGAGUUGAUCAACCAAAGGUGGGAAUCUUCUUCAGAUAAGCUUAGAUCUAUUUUGAUAACUGACAAAGGAACAUAACAAGAAGUUUAAAGAAAAAAAACA